AUGAGCCGUGUUGCUACAGUUCUUCCUCACGGCGAGUUUUUUGAAGGUGAAAUAGAUGACUUUUUAGCAGUGUGUGACAAAUAUUUCAAUGAUUUCUAUUCAUAUUGCACGAAAUGGUCUGAAAUUUGGGAAAUUCUAAAUCCGAACAUGUGCACAUCAGAGAACACACAUUUCAAUCUUUCUUGGGAGGAUGACUGCUCAAAAUUACUAAAUGACAAAGAAUUUCAUGAUAAAGUAUUUUUAUCUAAUGAUUUUUCAAAUAUAUCAUCAUCACUUAAAGACUUUCUUACAGAAUCAAAUAAUCUUUCACUUAAACGUGAGUUUUCCAGAGAAGAAAUUCCAGUUAAACAAUAUUUUUCAUUACAAGGCGAAACAUCAUUUGACAAAGCUCAAGAAGUGAUGCAGUUUACAUAUGCAUUCGAUACGCUUCUCAGAAACUUCUACCAAAUUGAUGAUGAAAUUUAUCAUGGAAUUGCUUCCCAUCAACAGGCAAACGAGGUACUCAAACAAAUACAUAUUGAUCAAAAACCAAUUUUACAUCGCGAAAAUAUGAGACUUAUUGAUGUUGGCGCAGGAAAAGGAUAUCUUUCGAUUUUUGCAGCCAACGAAUUAAGAAUACAAACAUUACCAAUAGAAGCAUCAUUAAAUCACUCCUGUGCUCUUCUUGAUCGUAUUGGAUGCUUAGUUUCUCAAAAAAGAGCAAAUACAGAUAAUUUCAAUAUAAUGAAGAUGUGCAUUGGCUAUGUAACAUCAUCUACGAGUGUUGAAGCCAUAAUUCAUAACGCAAUGUCCUACGAAAAAUGGAUUAUGACGAUGUUACAGAUUGAUAAGGGACCACAAAGGCAUUUACACAAAAAACUGAUGCCGCAGAAUCCAACAGAAGCUCCUUUGGACAUUUCCCAGGUCAAAGGAAACCAAGAAGAGAAACCAAAGAAUAUUAAUGGAGAAUUAGCCUGCGAAAUCAAAGUUUCAGAUGAUAUUCAUGAAAACAUUAAUGUAAAUGAUACAUUUCUUGUCUCAAUUCAUGCUUGUGGCAACUUAUCAGUUGAAUCCCAUGAAAUUGCUUUGACUUGCCAUGAUUGCAGAGGUGCUGUUAGCGUUCCAUGUUGUUUCCAGCAUUUAACUGUUGAUAAAUGCCCUCUUAUCCCUGAAAACAAUCGAAUCUUUGAAUUUAUGUUCAAAGGAGACACAAUGAAGAGGAAAGACUUCCUGAAUCAUGCAUUAUCAACAUACUUCUGUGAUUACGAGAAGCAUAAAGAGAUCGUAUCUAAAUUCCUUCCAAGAGAAAUUAUUUCUGCAUUUAUUCCACCAAGAGUGUCCGUCAAAAAGAUCAAAAGACUAAAAGAUGAGGACGAAGUAUCAUACGUUCAAAGACUAUCUCAAAUGUUUGGUGGAAAUGCAACAAAAGAAGAAGUACAAGCAAGAAUUGACUUUACAACUAAACAAAUAUGGAGAAUGAUGGCCCAACAAACAAUGAGAGAGUUUUUCGGCCACGCUUUUGAGACUUUUGUUUUAAUUGAUAGACUUGCUUAUUACGCAAAGCUUGUUAAGUUAACAGGUAAGAAGUACUACGUUGGAAUGUUCGAUUGCAUGUCACCAAUAUCACCAAGAGCUUUUAUGCAAUUUACAUUAAAAAUUGAAUAA